AUGGAUAAAGACACCAGAACUAUCCUUUUACCAAAAGGAACCACGGAAUAUGACCUUGUAGAAUUACCCGAUUACCAAGAUAUAACAAAGACAAGAAAGUAUGGGAAAGUAGGCGAUAGCAUAUAUGAGCUCAAAUCUAUCAAAGAGUCACCUAAAUCAAUCAUAUUUGAAUCAGGAUAUGUCAUGGAGAAUAGUGAAAUCAUAUUGUCUAGUAAGAUAAAUCCCACUUAUCUUUUGAUAUCCUGCUUAUUUGACUUUCAAAAAUAUAUUCUGUUGGAUGACAUCACGGAUAAAUUUCCAUGGAUAGAGCAUAUUGAUGAGAAAUACUUACUAGAGAUAACAGAUAAGAUUGAUGAGAAUGGUGAUAGUUUCUACAAGAUUAGUAAACCCAAAGUCACAGAUUACUUGAAGAAACGUAUUGAAGCAGUUCAGAAGACCUUAGAUCAAACGAAACUCGUCAAUUUCAUGAAAAUGGAAUUGUAUGUAAACUCAGAAAGUGAAGUCACCGAUGAAAUAUGGGCUUUACAAUUAUGGAGCACGUCAGUUAAUUUCGUAUGGGAUUAUCUCACCAUAUCCAAAUAUGGUGACUUCGUAGACCUGGAAAAAUUGAAUUCCCAUAAGGCUGAAGUCAGAAAUAAAUUAAAUAUCAACACCAUGAUGACCCAACAAACCACAACCAAGAAAGAAGAAAAGAAGAAACCUGUGAAGAAACCAGUUAAAAAAGUGGCAGCAGGAAGAGGUGCUUUGGAUGCAUUUUUUAAACCUAAAUAG